UUAUUUAUACCUAAUAAUUCUUCCUGUUUGUAUAUUGGAUUUAAUACCACACAGUCGCUUUUAAAAUAAAAAUAUUUUUAAUCACAACCCGAUCUCGACCGGAUCUUAAACCCAGGCCCUAAUUACAAAUACGAACAUAAUGCCCUCGAUAAGGAACAUCUUGGCUUCGGCCGUGGUUUUCGUCUCGUCCGUUCGAGCUGACUAUGUCAUUGACCCUAGCAGUGUGUCGUUGACUGAUAGGACAAAUUGGUGUAAUUCUGAAAAGAGCACAUGUCCUUUGAUCUGCCAACAGACAACUCCGGGGACUACCUUAGUCAACGACUGUGAUCCGAAAACCCUAACCUACGGCUGCGUGUGCGGAGACAACAAACAACCUAACGUUUCCGAAUACUCUCUCACUUUGCCUUACUUCGUCUGCCAAGAAUGGGGUGACCAGUGUGUCACCGCGUGCGGACAGGAUAACACCUGCUCCAGCGCCUGCCGAGAGGACCACCCCUGUGGUGCCUCGAACCCGACAAGAGUCAACAGCACAUCCUCGAGCUCAACCCCCUCAGCUACUAAGAGCGGUUCCGAAGCUACCGACUCUAACGCCAUAUACACUGGUCUGGCGGGUAGUGAUGAUGGUUCAGGCUCAUCGGGUAACGGCAACGCCGGGCACCGUGCCGUCGGAGCCGAAGGCAUGGUUGGCUUCGUCGUUCUCGCUGCCAGUGUUUCCUUAGGUGUCUUCCUGUUAUAAGGAAUGACAAUAUGAACCCAAUCACUUGGGUUUUUUGCUAGCGACAUUUGAAGUUUUCAUAUUACAAGCGACACCGGUGUAUCUUCGACGACAUUGAAGAUGUUUGCUGUUAUUGGAUUAACAGACCAACUCAUUAAGGUGCCCGGGGGGCAUCACACGAGCCUCACCCUUGUGUAAGGGUGAAUACUCGAGUCACAUGGUCGGAAUGGUCUCACCAGACCCGUACGACGUGCUGACAUAAUAUCAUAUUUGGGAGCUUAACAGAUUAAAAGCUUGGGGAAAUACAGCAAAUCAAAUAAUGGGAGCGUAGAGGAGGGAUUCAGGUACAAAUUUUUGCUAUACAGCAAAUUAUUUAACAACAAUAUUCCAUCGUGGAAUAACUUAAGCAUCAAUAUGCUUAAAAUUAAUAAUUGAGAUUUAAAGGUCUUGAUGUUUUACCCGAGACUGGAUUCAAACAAUGAUCGAGAA